AACCCCGCCCCAUCUGAUCCGGGCCGACUCGUUAGCAAAAGACUCUUAAGCUGGGAAUGUACAUACCUUAGGUAGGUAUUUAUUUUUUGGGGGCGUCUGAUCGGCCAACGUUAAUACCUCUUGAAGCUCAUCUGCCUUAGGUACGAAUCAUAUUAUUCAACAUGUCGGGUUGGUCAUCACGAUUCGAAUAUGCCCCCUUGACAGGAACAACACUCGUUAUUUUAGUUACCACUCUGUCCUUCGUCUGGCGCGUCUCCCGGGAUAUUACUCGUAGUAGACAGAGUAGCAUUUGCCCAACUGAAGAGCGGGUUCUGAUUAUAGGGGCAUCAAGCGGGCUUGGGCGCGCCGUGGCUAAACAAUAUGCAGUUCGCGGUGCUCGUGUGUGCCUUGUUGCACGGCGCGAAGAACCGCUCUCGAAACUAGCCCAGGAGUGCGGAGAGAAGUGCUUCUGGGUUGUCGCCGACUUCAGCGAUGUACAAGAUAUGGUGCGAGUAAGAGAGAAAGUAAUUGCGGAAUGGAGUGGUUUGGAUUCCCUUCACGUAUGUGCUGGAGUCUCUGCUGUGCAGCCUGUCAUGAGUCUGGCCAACGUAAAGCCAGGGGAGGAAAACGACGCGAACAGUACCGACAUACAGAAGGCUUUGGAUAUUGCUACUCGAACCACCCAGGGAAAUGUCUACGGGCCCUUUGUUGCAGCGGUGACCUUUAUCCCCUUGAUAACGCGUACCUCAACUUCUCCAUCUAUUCUGUUGGCCUCAUCGGUCGCCGCAGUGAUCCCAGCACCGACACGGGCACUUUAUGCUGCUACAAAAGCCUCAUCACUGCUAUUAUUUCAAUCGCUCGCUAUUGAGCAUCCGAAGAUUACUUUCACUUUCAUCCUGCCGGCGACUAUCGAAGGCAACUUCCGCGCCUCUGCCGUCGAUGCAGACCCAGCGACCAUUAACGCGGGUCCAAACCAGCGCGGUCUCAAAGUAGAUUACGUGGCGAAGAGAUGCAUCGACGCGAUGGAUAGACAAGUGAGAGGCAAUGUAGUUGUGCCCUGGUUCCCGUAUGGGAUUGCGCAGUACUUGUACAAUCUUUGGCCUUCGCUCAUUGAGAAACAAGCGAGGAAGAAGUACAAUUUUUAGAGGUUUCCAAGUUACGACAGAAACUUCAAUUUUUUAAUGCUAUUAUUGAAUUAUUAUCGAAUUGUUAUAUCGAAGAUACCUGAUUAAACAGAUACGUAUCCACUACCGGA